GCUGAAGCCGCAGCAGCGUGGACAUGUCGGACCCCGCAGCUCAGGCCCUGCAACCCCGGCUCCAAGCCCAGUCGGCCGGCUCCGCGGGGGCCGGGGGGGCCGGGGCUGCCGGCUCGGGGAGCAGCGACCCGGCCAGGCCGGGACUCAGCCAGCAGCAGCGGGCGAGUCAGAAGAAAGCCCAAGUCCGAGCCUUCCCGCGAGCGAAGAAGCUCGAGAAACUUGGCGUUUUCUCCGCAUGCAAGGCCAGUGACACUUGCAAGUGCAACGGGUGGAAAAACCCAAAUCCGCCGUCAGCUACACGCAUAGAUCUGCAGCAGCAAGCCGCCAGCCUGAGCGAGCCGUGCCGCAGCUGUGGACACGCUCUGGCUGAUCACGUGUCCCAUCUGGAAAAUGUCUCGGAGGACGAGAUCAACAGACUGCUGGGGAUGGUGGUCGAUGUGGAGAACCUCUUCAUGUCCGUACACAAAGAGGAGGACACAGACACCAAACAAGUGUACUUCUACCUUUUCAAGCUGUUGAGGAAAUGUAUCCUCCAGAUGAGCCAGCCGGUCGUAGAGGGAUCUCUCGGAAGUCCACCUUUUGAAAAACCCAACAUCGAGCAGGGGGUCUUGAACUUUGUUCAGUACAAGUUCAGCCACCUCGCACCAAAGGAAAGGCAGACCAUGUUUGAGCUGUCAAAGAUGUUUCUUUUAUGUUUAAAUUACUGGAAACUUGAGACGCCGACGCAGUAUCGCCAGCGUACCCAGAAAGAUGACGGGACGGCAUACAAAGUGGACUACACCAGAUGGUUGUGCUACUGCCACGUCCCACAGAGUAACGACAGCCUCCCACGCUACGAAACCACUCAAGUGUUUGGGCGAAACCUACUCAAGUCCAUCUUCACCGUCACCCGGCGGCAACUCCUGGAGAAAUUCAGGGUGGAGAAGGAUAAACUGCUGCCAGAGAAACGCACGCUCAUCCUCACACACUUCCCCAAGUUCUUGUCGAUGCUGGAGGAGGAGAUCUAUGGGGAGAAUUCACCCAUAUGGGAGGCCGAUUUCACCAUGCCGGCCUCGGAUGGCACGCAGCUCGGUCACCAGACAGUGAUCAGUCCAGCUUCUGUGUCCGGCUCCGCAGCUCUGACCAAGAACCUGAGCAGCAGCUCCUCUCUGACCAGCGUGGACACCGGAGGCGUCGAGCCCAUCACAGGGGAAAAGCGUAAACUUCCAGAGGCGUUGACGCUGGAGGAUGCCAAGCGGAUCCGUGUGAUGGGAGACAUCCCUAUGGAGCUGGUCAAUGAAGUGAUGAUGACAAUCACUGACCCUGCCGCCAUGCUUGGACCCGAGACGAAUCUGCUGACGCCAAACGCUGCCCGCGACGAGACCGCCCGGCUGGAGGAGAGGCGGGGCAUCAUCGAGUUUCACGUGAUCGGAAACUCACUUUCCCAGAAAUCCAACAAGAAGAUCCUGAUGUGGCUGGUUGGCCUUCAGAACGUCUUCUCUCAUCAGCUGCCUCGUAUGCCCAAAGAGUACAUCACACGGCUGGUGUUUGACCCGAAGCACAAAACCUUAGCCCUUAUUAAAGAUGGCCGCGUCAUAGGAGGCAUCUGUUUUAGGAUGUUUCCCACUCAGGGAUUCACGGAGAUCGUCUUCUGCGCCGUCACAUCCAACGAGCAAGUAAAGGGCUACGGCACCCACCUGAUGAACCAUCUGAAGGAGUACCACAUCAAACACAACAUCCUCUACUUUCUCACUUACGCUGACGAGUAUGCUAUUGGCUACUUCAAGAAGCAGGGUUUUUCCAAAGACAUCAAAGUGCCCAAGAGUCGAUACCUGGGUUACAUCAAAGACUACGAGGGAGCAACGCUGAUGGAGUGCGAGUUGAACCCGAGAAUCCCUUACACCGAGCUUUCGCAUAUCAUUAAAAGACAGAAGGAGAUCAUCAAGAAGCUGAUUGAGAGGAAACAGAGUCAGAUUAGAAAGGUGUACCCGGGUCUCACCUGCUUCAAAGAGGGCGUGCGACAGAUCCCGGUGGAGAGCAUCCCUGGCAUAAGAGAAACAGGCUGGAAACCAACUAACAAGGAUAAAGGGAAAGAGGUGAAGGACCCGGAUGUGCUGUACAACAUGCUCAAGAACCUCCUGGCCCAGAUAAAGACUCAUCCUGACGCUUGGCCCUUCAUGGAGCCCGUGAAGAAGUCUGAGGCUCCAGAUUACUACGAGAUCAUCCGCUUUCCUAUUGACCUGAAGACCAUGACAGAGAGACUCAAAAACAGAUACUAUGUGACCAAGAAGCUUUUCAUCGCAGACCUGCAGCGAAUCAUCAGCAACUGUCGCGAGUAUAACCCUCCCGACAGCGAGUACUGCAAGUGCGCCAACACGCUGGAGAAGUUCUUCUACUUCAAGUUAAAAGACGGAGGCUUGAUUGAGAAGUGAAUGUCAUGAUGCAACAGCUGACGCCGGGAAAACACCGGCAGCUGUUGUCCCACUCGAGCUAAUAACAUGGUAUUCGGUACAAAGUAAAUCAACAGAGUUGUGGAACAAAGCAGCAGAUUGGAGCCAGCUGAGCAUUACAAGUGUCAAUUACUCAAAAAGCAUUUGCAUUAUACACGUUUCAUUAACUGAACCAAAGUGACAGGUCCAAGUAACAGAACCGUUUCACUUCCCACGUUUAUUUAUAGUACGAAUGGUGGUUGUUAUUCCAGUUUUUUUGUGCGUUUGAAACAGGUCACAGGAGUCGUCGUGAUUAAAGGUAAUUUCCAGAAAAGUGAAUCUCGGGACCUAAAGCCACGUUGCCUUCCGUUACUGACAGACACUUGAACAUCCAGCCAGCUUCAUGGGUGCGAGAUGGAUGGAUGUAUGGAUGGAUGGAUGUAUGGAUGGACGGCACUUCCCUGAGAAGUGCUAACACACACAAUCCAGUCAGUUGGUGAGACAUUUAUCGAAUACAGUCGUUCAAGUGCGAGAUGUCCAAAAAACGUGAGUUUGCUUCUUUUUUUGCAUAUAAAUACAUUUUGAUUUUGGUCAGGGGAACAGGUUCUGAUGCCGUUUUUCUUUUUUUUUUUUUCUUUAACCAACAAUUAAAGCAGUUUCAUAGAUAAAAAAAA